GCCAACUUUCUCCAUCUUGAGCUUGUGGAAUUGUAUCUUAAUCAAUCAGUUUGAUUUGGUGUCCGAUCUGUUCAUCUAAUUUCAUAUCAAAUAAUUUUUUAAAACCCAGUUUCGAAUCUUUUUUUCUGUCAAAAGCUUCUGUGAGGAAGUUUAAGACUCCACAUAAUAUAAUAUGUUCAUCUAUAUCUGCUCAUUCACUCUGUUGACCAGAGAGCCCGAAGCCAAUUUUGAGGCCUAAAGCCGCCGUAUUUAGAAAUGUUUUUGACUCGCGGGCGGUUUUACAGUAAAUCAAACAAGUGCACGUGCGUGUGCGUGGCUAUUGCUUUUUGUGCGACUGCGUGCACGCGCGAGGCGCUGCCACUGACAGUCAUUAUGCCACUAAAAGCUCCUCCUGCACUCAUUUCCUAAUCCCUUAUCUCCGCUAAUACCGCAACUGACAUUUACCCACGAGCACCAGCUGCCGUCGACCAUCGCAACUAAAGUUCCGCGUUGAGCAGGUCGCGUUUGGGGACGCUUUUCGCUGUUUUGGUCUGAGGAGACGAGCAGUGAGCUGCUCGCCAUGGCCUCCUCCGAGGAUGCAGAAGGCUCUCUGACUGCUGUGGAUUUCAUCCAGCUGCAGCACUACAUGGAAUACAGCAGUCAGAGGGUGAAAGAUGUGAUUAAGGAGUUUCAACCUGGUGGUCGGCUGGCCCAGCACAGCUUUAGAGAGCGCGUGGAUGCAGUGGGUUUCUGUCUCUUUCUCAAGACCUACCUAGAAGUAGAGGACCUCCCUGCAGACUUCUGCCAACGUCUUUUUCACUAUUUCCAACAUGUGGAGCGUGAUCAUUCCGGCAAGAGCCCUCCGCCUGAAGGAGGUGGUGUCUUUCUUCAUGAUGUUUCCUGUUACUUCUCUGUGCUGGAGGAAGGACAGCCACGUGAAAAGCUUGAAUUUACCUUCAAACUUUAUGAUAAAGACUGCAACCAACUCCUGGACAGCUCUGAGGUGGAUCGUAUAAUCACCCAGAUGAUGCGAGCUGCUGAUUACCUCGGGUGGGACGUGACUGAACUCAGACCAGUGCUCAAAGACAUGAUGACAGCGAUCGAUGUGGAUGGCAGCGGCACCGUCACUCUGGACGAAUGGGUGAAGGGAGGCAUGAACAACGUGCCUUUGCUGGUUCUGCUUGGACUGAAGAUGACCGAGCGAGAUGGACAGCAUAUCUGGAGGAUGAAGCACUUCAACAAACCGACAUACUGCAGCGUGUGUCACAGCAUGCUGCUCGGCGUCGGGAAGCAGGGACUCUGCUGCACCUUUUGCAAGUACACGGUCCACAGUCGUUGUGCCAACAAGAAUCCUGAACCCUGCGCCCGGACCUUCGUCAGAUCUAAGAAGGAGAUUGGUGUAGCAGCCCACGACUGGAUCAAAGCGGACUGUAAGUCCACGAGGUGUCAGGUCUGCCACAAGAAAAUCAAGACUCUAGCUGGGAGACGCUGUGUGUGGUGCCAGGAGAUGCGCCACGAUGAGUGUAUUUUCUUGGGCUUUUCGUCCUGCGAUUGCGGACCACUGAGAGGUCAUAUACUGCCUCCAUGGGCCAUACACGCCGUCCCAAAGGAGGACGACACCAGCUUGAUAAAUGUCACCCCUGAUGGCCACAUCCUGCAGAUUGUGUCGAUUCCAAACAUUCACCCACUGCUGGUGUUUGUGAACCCAAAAAGUGGAGGAAAGCAAGGUUUUCGAGUCCUGAGGAAGUUUCAGUACCUGCUGAACCCACGUCAGGUGUACAACCUUUCCAACGGAGGUCCUUCUCCAGGACUACACUUCUUCCGCAAUCUGCGCGAGUUCAGAAUCUUGGUGUGUGGAGGAGACGGCACCGUCGGGUGGCUCCUGGAUGCUAUAGACAAAGAAAACCUGCAAGUGCGUCCUCCAAUAGCUGUCCUGCCUCUGGGCACCGGGAAUGACCUGGCUCGCUGUCUGCGCUGGGGAGGAGGCUAUGACGGGUCAGACUUGAGAGAGAUCCUGAAGGAGAUCGAAGCUAGCGAGUUGGUUCCCAUGGACCGCUGGAGCAUCCAGGUGAUACCAGACGAUCCACUGGAGGCUGGAGACUCCGUGCCCUAUGAGAUCAUUAACAACUACUUCUCUGUUGGAGUGGACGCCUCUAUUGCUCAUCGUUUCCACUCCAUGAGAGAGAAACACCCCCAGAGGUUCAACAGCAGGAGGAAGAACAAACUAUUGUAUUUAGAGUUUGCCACCUCUGAGACCAUCUCUGCAUCUUGCAAGAGGCUGAAGGAGUGCCUCACAAUUGAGUGCGGUGGAAAGUCUGUUGACAUGAGCAGCAUGUCUCUUGAGGGCAUAGCUGUCCUCAACAUACCCAGCAUGCAUGGAGGCUCCAACCUUUGGGGCGAGUCCAAGAAGCCUAAUGGCGGGCCAGAAGUGGAGCACGGUGAUAUUAUCACUGACCCUGAACUUCUUAAAACAAUUUCUCAAGAUAUAAGUGACAAGCUCUUGGAGGUGGUGGGGCUGGAAGGAGUCAUAGAGAUGGGACAAAUCUACACUGGCCUCAAGAGUGCUGGGCAUAGACUAGCUCAGACCUCUCAAAUUACCAUCAGGACAAUCAAAGCCCUCCCUAUGCAAAUAGAUGGGGAGCCCUGGAUGCAGCCCCCAUGUACAAUCCACAUAAGUCACAAGAACCAAGCUAACAUGCUGAUGGCUGCACCACCAAAAUCAACCGGCUUCUUUCACCACAAGUAGAUUGGCACAUCCACAGCAGCCCCCCCCAGUCUGCUGACAGGAAACCUCCACCCCUGCAAUGAUGCAGGAUGAAAGAGACGUCUGUCUCUUACUUUGUAACAGUGUGGUUCUUCGGUAAUAGUUUGUGUUUUGGACUUAAUCCCUGAUAUUAUUGUGCAAAUUUGACAACUCAGUCUAACUAUUGCUAUUGUGUGCCAACUUUAAAUAUAAUGCAUUCAUUUUUGAGUUCUGGUUAUCAGUCAUGGGGUGUGUGUGCGUGUGUGUGUGAAUAAUGAAUACAUUGUCUUUUUUAGUAAUUGUGUUGUGCUCCAUUACAUUAAUAGUUUCAUCUGUACUGUCUAAGGCAGGUGAUGAACCAGCUUUGUUCAGCCCUCAGAAGUUCAUAUCAACGCACCUUUUCUCUCGCAUUGUGAAACCAACUGAAAGCUAAAUGUAUGCAGUCGCACAAUACACAAUACACUGACACCUUCAAAAAUGUAAUCAAAAAUGACAUAGUCCAUUGAAUAAUAUAUUAUGUGACUAGAAAAAUGUUGUUUAAUGUAUGUGUCUUUCAGGUGUCUGGUUCUUUGAGUUUAGUGUGUACAUUGGUGCAUACAGUGGUAGUAGUACAUGUGUAUCAUGCCUAUCAUCUUGUCUUAAUGUUAGAAUGUGUAGCUGUCAACUGUAUAUGUCUCUUGACAAUGUUGCAUACUUGGUUUCAGUGACGCUCAUACAGCAUCACACUGACAGCAUUUAUUGAAUUGUUCACAGAAAUAAUUACAAUCUGUUGCUCCACCACAAGUCUCUUUUUAAUAUACUGUUCAACUUAUUUAUAAAUAGAGAGAUUGCACUGCAUGUCACAGCGGAAUAUGAAGCUUUCACACAGACUUGAUAGACUUGUACCAUAUUGGGUAAAAUAAUUCAUUUGGAAUAUCUACAUGGUCAUACAAAUCCUAAUUCUUAAUAGCGUGCUAUUUCAACUGCUUUCAAAGUAGAAAACCCCCCGAAAUGUUCUGGUAACAACGUCUUAGCCACAGUGUAAACUGUUCGCUUAUCUGCCAUAAAUACAGUUCAGAAUGGUGCUUUUCAAUGCUGGUAUUGACUGGUGCAAUUUAAAGUAUCAGGCUAUAGGUUUCCAAAGUAUUCUGCAUGUCACCCACCUAUUGAAAUUCUAAAUCUAAGUUGCUUAUAUCUCUUUAAAUCCAAAGCAGUGAGGCAGACUUUGUAUCAAUGUGGGAGGAAAGCAGGAGGCCUAAUCCAAUAGUGGCAACAGAAGACGUGAGGUUCAGUGUAGAUGGCAUGUGUGCCUUUGUGACACAAACACUUGAACUCUUUUAAGAAGGCAUCACACAAACUGAAGGGAAGAGCAGAGAGAGGAGUGGGAGGAAAUGAAAGAUCAAACAAAUACAUUUUCAUACAGAAAAUCCAAAUGCAAAUCUUAAAAAGUAUGUGAGACAAUCUUAGAUGUGAUAUCGAUUUUUAUUUAUUAGAGUGGAAAAAAUAAACUAGUA